AUGAUCACGCCAAGUCCCAAGCAUUAUUGCCAGCCUCAUUUCCCUCUGAAAGUAUACUCAGAGAAGGAUUGGCUUCCUCGAGGCCGACCAGAAGGUCCCUCUUCUGACCAAACACGGUGGCAUCGGCCCCAGCGGGAAGGCAAACCGUCGGGAGUCGGCAGCCGCGGCGAUUGGGCUGGACACGAGCGUCGCUUGCUCGCCUGGGACUCUCUCCUUUUGGCCCGCUCUCUCGCCAUCGCGCUCCAACCUCGAUCGAUGAAGGCAUCCACCACAAACACCCAACCAGCCGGCCACACCCGAAUGCCCGACUAG